AUGCCUGAGGUAUCCAUGACCCUAAUCCAAACCCUAACUGUAAAUAAGCUCUUUGUGAAGAUCGGCGCGGGUUGGUUUGCGUUGGCCACAUGGUUCCAACGGGGAAUAAUAACAGCCAAGGAGAGGGGUGCAGUCAUUCGACAGUUUGCUUCGGUGCAAAAGCGAGCGGCAGUCAUGAUCAGUGAUGCCUUUCAGCCCAUGUUCACUGAGGCACUCAACAUUGAACUCUAUCUGCUGCCCACGGGGCUUCAGAUAAGCUACCUGCUAAGGAGACGACGAUAUGGAUCGCUACAGGACCAUAGCGUAAUAUCACAUAGUGCCAGACGGUAUCAAGUUGUCCCAUAUCGAGGAGAAGGAACUCCUGGGUACGAGGGCAAGGUUGGUGCCACAGCAGUGGUGCCGGACCUACAGAGACAGGCAUCUGACCAGUGGCCGCCUUGGUCUGGAGACCACAACUACUGUCUACGCUGCGAGCUUCAGGGCGUCCAGAUGGUGCUCGAAAUGGUAAAACAGUGUUAUGAGGUACAACAGUGGAGCAACUACACCUGCAAUGGAGUACGGACAUUCUCGGACAGUCAGGCAGCGCUGAAGGAGCUCAGGCGGCCUCGGUUGGUCUCCGGACAGGAGAUUCUCCGGGGCUAUCUGGAGAUGCCAAAUGGUGCAAGGAAUAAGACAUUCCGGUGA